CCUUACUUUACCUUUUAUUUUCUUUGUUCAUGUAUUUUUAAUUCGUCAGAUUGUACUUUCAUUUCGGUGGCAUUUAUCCUUCUUUGAGAGGAGAAGUCAAACCACAGGCAACAUGGAGCACAUUGACGGAGACGGGAUGCUAACAAAGAAACUUACAACUCUGUCAACGGAGGAAAUAGCAGAACUUGGGAUGCUGCAGGCCAGAACUCUUGAACAGUCUAAUUUGUUUGGCACCAUGAAGCAGAGACACGAUGAGCUGCACCUCCAGUGCCAAACCCUGGAGAAAAUCAACGCAGAGCUGGAGUCCCAAAUGAAAAGCAGUCAAGAAGCUCUGGAGGAACAACGGAAGAAAGCCGAGAUGCUGGAGAAAAGAUUCCGGGAUUUGGCGGCUAACAAUGAAGCCAUUAUCGUUUUUAAGAAUGAGUACAAAAUGCAGAAUGCUCAGUUGAAGCGGGAAAAUACUCAUCUGCAGGAAGAGAAUGAUUCACUGUUCUCCCAGAAACUUCAUGAUUCACAGAUGACUGUCCAAAAACUGAAGCAAGAUUUGAAUCGGCUGCAAGAAGGGUUCACAAAUAAGGAAAAGGAAUACAAGGAGAAAAUAGCAAGAUAUGAGUUAAAACUUCUGAAACAAACUUCUGAGCAUCAGGAGCAGGAGACUUUGCAGUGUGGUCAAAUUGAAGAUCUUCAGCGACGUCACGAGGAUGCUCUGGAAAUGUGUAAAGACCUGAAGGUUCAGCUUCAACAUGCCAAGGAGGCCCAUGACGUGAGGGAGACCAGUUUGCAACACGACAUAACAAGCCUCACCAAAGAGAGAGACAAGUUGUCGCAGCUCAACAUAGAAAGAGGGAAGCUACUGCAGGAAAAAGAAAAGGAAAUCCUGCAGCUACAGAUGAAAUACAAGGACGAGAGGAAGUCCAGAAUCAAAGCAGAAGACCGGUUUGUGCUCGAAGCAGAAGUUGUAAACGCAGAUACCAAAGUGAAAAAUCUCAUGAAAAAGUACACAGUGCUGAACACGGAGUUUGAAGCCUUCAAAGAACACAGCAACAGACUUCUUGAGAAGGAACGGGAGCUGAAUAAAGUCCUGCGACAUCUGCAUUAAAUUUUAAUAAGUCUUUUUUUUAACUCACUUCACGACACCGCAAAGGUGUCAGUAAGUCCACCGUGGUAUUGUUUUAAGAUCUCAAGAACCAAGAUGUAAAGAGAAAACGUUUCAUAAUAAACUCUUUAAUUGAAG